UGGCAACACUUGAACGAAUCAAUUCAGUGAUUCCAUGAGGGAGGUCGCUCUCGACCUUUAAUGUCCUAUAAGCUACCAGAGCCAUAGCCAUGUUCAGGACUGUUUCUUCGGUUAUAAAAGAAAAUGUGAAUAAAUUACCUAGAACUAGACUAAAAUGCAAUCACGUAACGAGAAAAACUUUAACACAAUGCAUUAGAAAUAAACAUAAAUGGUGUAUACAAGACUUUAAUUCACUAUAUUUUGCAAAGAGUUUACAAUCAGUCAACAAAUAUGUUAAUCGAUUUUAUAGUUCUGAUGCUGAUUUACCUCCACAUCAUAAAGUUAGCCUUCCUGCCCUUUCACCAACUAUGGAAAUGGGUACAAUAGUUUCUUGGGAAAAGAAAGAAGGUGACAAACUGAAUGAAGGUGAUCUGUUAGCAGAGAUAGAAACAGACAAAGCUACAAUGGGUUUUGAGACACCUGAAGAAGGUUAUCUUGCUAAAAUCUUAGUAUCAGCUGGUACAAAGGAUGUUCCAUUAGGCAAAUUACUCUGUAUAAUUGUAGAGAAUGAAGAUGAUAUUUCAGCUUUUAAAAAUUAUGUUGAUACUGGAGAACCAGUUGCAUCUGCACCUUCUAGUAGUGCAAAACCUGCUCCACCUCCUCCAACAGUUCCUCCACCACCACCUACACUGCCACCUCCACCUGUUUCUGCAAUGCCGUCAGCACCUUCAAUGCAACCUUCUGGUCGAGUAUUUGCUAGUCCAUUAGCUCGCAAACUUGCAGCUGAAAAAGGAAUUGAUCUGACACAAGUGAAAGGAUCUGGACCACAAGGACGUAUUCGAUCUCAAGAUUUGGAAGGAGUUAGCAUUACCUCUGCUGCUCCUGUAGCGGCAGCACCUAUUGCAGUUCCAGGUGCAGUUUAUGUUGAUAUCCCGUUGACAAAUGUUAGACAGGUAAUUGCACAACGAUUACUUCAAUCAAAACAAACAAUUCCUCAUUAUUAUCUCUCAACUGAUAUAGAAAUGGACUCAAUUCUAAAAUUACGACAACAGUUUAAUGAAACAUUGUCAAAAUCAAAUAUCAAAUUAUCGGUAAAUGAUUUUAUAAUCAAAGCUUCUGCUGUUGCAUGUAGGAAGAUUCCUGAAGUAAAUUCUUCUUGGCAGACUACUUUUAUAAGACAAUAUCAGACUGUAGAUGUAAGUGUUGCUGUCAGUACAGACAAUGGUUUAAUUACACCUAUUGUAUUUCAAGCAGAGAAAAAGGGACUUGUAGAUAUCAGUAAUGAUGUCAAAGCAUUAGCAGCUAAAGCUAGAGAUGGCAAACUUAAACCACAGGAGUUUCAAGGUGGAACUUUCACUAUAUCUAACUUAGGAAUGUUUGGCAUUAAAAAUUUUGCUGCCAUCAUUAAUCCACCUCAGGCAUGCAUUUUAGCAGUUGGUAAAACUGAAAAAAGAAUAAUUCCAGAUGAAACUACGGAUACAGGAUACAGAACAGCUUCCCUAAUGAGUGUUACUUUGAGUUGCGAUCAUCGAGUAGUAGACGGUGCCGUAGGAGCCCAGUGGAUGGCACAUUUUAAAAAGAUCUUAGAGAAACCUGAAAUGAUGCUGUUGUGAUUAUAUGUGAUUUUAUAUAGAUUAUUAAAACUAAACUUACAAAUUAUGUGGACUAAUAUAAUGUAUGUUGUAAGUUGAUGUAGAAAUGUCAAAAUAUAACCAGAUUAAAAAAAUAAACAGUGUUUUUGAUUAAA